GCGGGAGAUUUGGUGCUCAACGCGGGAGAGCGGAAGAAGGGGUCUAAAAUCUUGAGACUCCCGCCUAAUGUGAGAGAGUUGACAGGUAUGCUUUUGGGUGUGUGAAUAUGUGGGGAGGGGAAAGGGGGGUAUUAUAUCGUGUGAUCGGUGAGCAAUGGCGUGCUACUUCGAGUAGAGAAGCCCGGCGAAAUAUCGAUGUAAGUCAGUCGCCAACAGAAACGAGUUAUGGCUAAAAACUUCUAUGUAUGGUGGACAAGCGGGAAAUGUGGGAUUACCGAACUGGGAAAAUUGCAAGCUACUUUAAUUUGAGAAACCAGAAGGAAGGUGCAAAGGUUUUAAGAAGCAAGAAGAAGCAGGGGAGUUUUUAAAACGACAUAAAGAGAGCCAUCCAGAGAAGAAUCAAGACGAUUCAAUCGUCAACACAUCCACUGAACUUUCAAAAGGCCCAGAGGAGUGCUUCAAAGUGAAGCACUCCUCUGUAAACGAAAAAAUGGACAGCGUCAUAGAAAAACUUUCCGUAGAGUUUAACGUGUCCUGAAGUCAUUGGACCAGGGAGUCUGGAAGAAAGCGUAGCAGAAGAAUUGCGCAGCGAGCGAAACAUCAAGCCCAAAUGUAAGAGAACAAUCGACGGAAUCAAUGAGAAUUGAGACACCAAGGAGCGAAGAGAGAAGCGGAGAGGGCCAGACCACGGCGAUUGUGGCUACGGAAUCAGCUAGCGUAUCUGAGAUGUCACAAACAGAUCACAUCGAAUUGAGGUUCCUUGAUCGGAUCAAAGCACCUCAAUUCGACGAGAAUCUAUAUUGAUUUUAGCAGACCCCAUUCACGGAAGAAUGACCCAUUUUUCGACGGCCAAGGGGGUUGCGCGCGCACCUACAUACCCCAUGUGUACGCGGCUGAAAUCUAUACACAUUUUUAUAUCAAGGAAACUUUGAUAUUGAUUUUCUUUGAUCUCUGUAGGUAUCAGCUUUUUUAGUGACAAUAAUUUAAAAGCAUUACUCGAAUCUCUAAACAAUCCGUCUUAGACUAUUACUCCUAUUACCAGAUUACUCGAUGUAAUUAAAGAGCAAAAGGAAUUUGAAGGACUUCGGAUAUACGGAUGAAUUUCAUUUUUCUUGAGCCUUUGGCCCAGACAAAAAUAUGCUAAGUAGGAUUGCUAAGUGAUCUAUAAGCUUCCUCUUUCCCUCUAGGCAAUUCCUAUCGCCGCAGAUUUUUUUGUGCGAUUCAUUUCAUGAGUAGACAGCUGUGUUAGGACAAAUGGGAAAACAGAUUGAUGGAUUAGGCUAUCGAGACAAACUCACUUCAAGACAUACGCCUGCAAGACGCGAAUGUAAAACGCCACGGUACCGAUAAGAGAACGGGGAACUCGAUGGAACCUGCUCUACACGCCGUGACUGUGUCGACUUGUCUCUUGUGGUUGUUAUCUACAGGUUCAUGCGCCAGCCCUCACAAGCCCGCUAGCCGCUUAGGCGAUGGCUACGAAAACAAACUUUUGAAGGAUCUGUUUUCAAAUUACAACCCAAGUGUUCGCCCGGUCCUUAAAGCUACAUCAUCGGUCACUGUACAACUGGGCGUUUCCCUCCAUCAGAUUAUCGACCUGGAUGAAAGAAACCAAAUCCUCAUUUCAAAUUUGUGGGUUCGUCAGAAAUGGAACAACCCCCUUCUGACCUGGGAUCCGACUCACUUUGGAAACCUGACGUCGAUCAAUGUAGAUCCCUUGCGCGUAUGGCGGCCAGACCUUAUCCUGUAUAACAAUGCAGACCGUGAUACGGAUGGGGCUCUGGAUCGAUUUUACACCAAGGUUCAACUGAAAUUUGAUGGUUCAAGCUUGUGGCUCGCGCCUAUCAUCUUCAAGAGCACCUGCAAGUUUGACGUAGCUUAUUUCCCAUUUGACGAGCAGAGUUGCAUUCUAAAGUUUGGUUCGUGGACCUACGACGGCUUACGACUAAACAUCGUCCCCGAGAACGGCACAGACAUUGGCAUAGACAAGUUCGUUAGUAAUGGAGAAUGGGAGCUUACGGGUGUGUCAGCAAAUCGUAAUGUCAUGUUUUAUGACUGCUGCGUAGAACCCUACCCGGACGUGACUUUUACGCUAAAAAUCCGCCGAUUGACGCUCUUCUAUUACAUGAAUAUGCUAAUACCAUGCUUCUUAAUCACAGGCCUGACCCUGCUGUCGUACAUACUCCCUCCAGAGUCUGGCGAGCGUAUCACGCUAGUGGUGACCAGUCUUCUGGCGCAGACUGUCUACAUGCUACUAGUGUCUGAGAUCAUGCCACCUGUGGCCGAGGUCGUGCCUCUCAUCAGCAUCUAUUACACCACAGCGAUGUUCAUGGUUGGGCUAUCGCUUGCAAGCACGUGCGUUGUCCUUCGAUGUUAUUAUCGACAAGCUCAUCGUACAGCCAUGCCCCUCUGGCUCCGGUAUCUGAUAUUCGACAUUCUAUUCCGACUGACUGGGAAACUGCCAUCCCUCUCCCCUACUAACACCACGCCCACAAACCUAGGAACCCACGAACAGUCCCAUAGCAAGAUUGUCCAUGGUGAUAGUAAUAAACCGAAAGUGGGCUCACAAUACAAUGUGGCAUGCAUCGACCACAAGGCAGGGUACCCGCACCUCAGUACUUCCUCUCAUUGCCAGAACUGCAAGAUGGCUCAACACCAUCUAGCUGACAGAAGUGUUAUCUACCGUGGGGAAACAAUUAGAACCAGCCCCAUGGAAAAGGAUGUUCAAAGAAUUGCAGAGAUCCUUAAAGAAAGAGAUCACAUCGACAGCAAACUAGAGGAUUGGAAGAAGGCCGCUGUUAUUUUGGAUAAAUUCUUCUUGUGGGUGUUUCUUAUUGUUUUCGUGGCAGCUACUCUAGCAGUGUUCUUGGCUGCUCCAAUCAACAGAUAUUACUAAGCCCUUGAUACGUAAGACAUACUAUUCAUCUCAACAGAUAUUACUAAGCCCUUGAUACGUAAGACAUACUAUUCAUCGGACGGGCGUUGAGCUCACCACUUUGGCCCAAAAUUAUAUCUCUUGCCUGGUUUGAUUCAAGUUUCGUGUCACAAGUUAGGAAACUAUCGCCCCUGUUUCAAGCCCGUCGUCACGGAAGUGUCCGCCUCUGUUUCUAGAGUAAACUGAAUCGACUGGGGACGAAAUAAACCCUGAUCUAGCAGUGACUACUCUUAGAGACAAUGCUUUCUAACAAUAAACAAAUUAAUAAAUAAUUUUAAGAAAGUACGUGUAGUUUACAAAAGCAGCAAAAGACACUCAUCGGCUUAAUAGCAAAAUUAAUUUUCUUUAAUGAAAUUAAAUUUGCCAAUUUGUACCAUAACAAAGAACUAUAAAACCGUCUGUGUAACUAUUUUGCACACGUCCUAAAAGAUAUUUUUCGCUCGUUUUUGACUUUCAAAUCAUCGAUUGUAUGAGAUCAUUAAAAACUAGUCAUUGUUAUUCAACAAUAAAAACCGUUUUCACGA